CGCCCAAUUUCAAAAACACCAUACUUCCACCCCAAGCCCUAAAUACUGAAAAAUUAAAAAAUGUCUCCGAGUAUCGCUGUUUUAUGUAAUCUUUGUCCCAAAAAAAUUCGUCUUGUAAUUUUGGUCCUUGUUUUAUUGGUGCUUAAGUAUGUUGAUCUUAACCCUUAAGCGUUAAAGACGUCGAUUUCUUGAUUGCCAGACACAUGUUCUGUUUUUUUUAUGAUCUUGGAUGCAAUUCUCUCACAGGGAAUCUAAAAAUAUCAUGAAAAAUUAAGACAAAACCUACAGUGAUCAAUUUGAUAAAACAGAAAAAAACUCAUAGUGAUCUUCAUGGCGUCCAAGAGCUCUAUUGUUCCUGACAUUGUAUGGAAUUGGGUCAUUGAAACCCUAGCAACUUAUGAACAAACAGAUGCGUCUACUUUAAUAGGUCUAGUGAGAAUGGCUCCAGCAAUCUCAGGUGAUCUAGGAAAAGAUGCAAAAGAGGUCGUCUCUUUAAGAAUCUUGGAGAGCUUGUUUCCUCAAAGUGAUGAAGCUGUAGUUGAUGCUGAUGCAGGUCAAAAUGGUAAAAUCACUUUUGAUUCAUCAGAACGCUGUGAAGAUGUCCUUAACAAGAUAUUACGUGAGACACCUGAGCAUUCGGCUAGAUUUGAAAAAGAAAAAUGGGAUGUUCGUUCCUUUUUAACACAUAAAAGGUCAUCCUUGCCUAAAUGUGUCUUGAAAAAGUUGAAGGACAUGCUUCUUGAAAGUAGUCACCCACUUCUUGCAUCAUUGAAAGAAAAGAGUAAACUAGUAACUCCAAAUGCAUCUCAAAAUACAAGUCCAGUGAAUGAUGAGAAUCUUGAUGUCCAAGAUACAGUAGCUAAAGAUGAUACAACCAUUUUGAACCUAAGAAAAGAUAAAGGAAAGUUUCAAGAAAAGGAGUUGCAAGAAGCUGAUCGAGUAAGUAAUGUUCAGCAUGAUCAACAGCAGCUUCAUUUUAAUGAUGAAAAAUUGCCCCAAGACACACAUGAGAAAAGGGUAUCUGUUGAUAACAUGGAGAAUCUAGAGUCUGUUGUUAAAUUAAAAGACAACAAAAAUGUUGAACCAAAUGCAUUGGAUGAAGAUGAACAUUUAAGCAAAGAUGAAAACUCCAUGGAACAAGAUGGUGAUCAAACAGAUUCCUUGAUGAAUCUUUGUGUGAAGUGUAAUGAAGGUGGUGAGUUGUUAGUUUGUAGUUCUGAGUCCUGCCCAUUACAGGUUCAUGAGAGUUGUUUAGGAUUUGCCAUCACAUUUGAUGAAAAUUUCAACUUUUUCUGCCCAUUUUGCACGUAUUCUCGUGCAAUUUCAGAGUAUCAGGAAGCUAAAAGAAAGGCUUCACAAGCUAGAAAUGAUCUACAAGCUUUUUCUAGCUUCACAGUCAAAAAGGGUAGUAGACCUAUUGAAUCCUUUAAGAAACCAAGUGAAUUUGAGAAAGAUGAAAAUAGAAAACUAACAGGAGCAUUUGGUGAAACAAGUGAAGGAAAUGUAGCCAAUCAAAAUAUGACAGAAGGUGAAGGGCAAAAGAAAGUCAAAGUCAAUGGCAAUGUCAAUGAGAGUGACAUUGUUAGUAGACAUGUUGAUAAACAUAUACCACAACCAAGUACACCAAAACGGAAAUUUAAGGAAAAAGAAAGUCAAAUGGAAAUUAUUGAGUCUAGUUCCUCAAGAGAACUCCGCAAGAGGAAAGCACAAUACACCCCUCCAGUAGUUGUUCCUUUGUUGAGACGAAAAACAAUCCCAUGGACAAAAUCAGAGGAAGAAACACUCAAGGAAGGUGUUGAGAGAUAUUCAAGUGUCAAUGAUAGAAAAAUUCCAUGGAAGGAGAUUUUGGAUUUUGGACACAAUGUGUUCCACAAAGGACGUACCACUAUAGACCUAAAAGAUAAAUGGAGAAACAUAGGCAAGGGAACAAAAUGAAAAAGGUCCUUGCAACUUUUAUUGUACGAUAACAAAAACAGAAGAUACAUGUGUUAUAUGAAGAUAUGUCACAUGUAUAUAGAAGGCCAAAUCCCAAAAGGGCAAAAGGUUUCUACAGAUGGAAAACAAAUGAAGCAGCUUGUGGGUUGAAAUAGAUUGGAAAUGGUGUCGGUUUUGUCUUAGGACAUGAGGAUUCUUUGAUUUUUGAAGAGGUGGCAUCCCACAUCUAACUUUAGGGUUGAUAAUUUGUAGGGACAACGAAUUUGUUUCAUGUCCACAUUUAGUUAUUAUUUUUUUUACAGUCUUACCAUUGAAUUAAGUUUGUUUACUUUGUUCACAAAUACCAUUAUGACCGGCUAUUGUAGGUUUUGUUGAACACAUUUAGUUGC